AAGUCUAGACUACUUCGGCCCCGACUUAGUCACGGAAUGCCCACGAGUCUGCCUGCAUUUGGCUGGCCCCUUGAUUGGCUGGACUGGUCCGCUAAGGCGGUUAGUGGCUGGUUUUAGAUGCGUUGUUCUUGGGUUGCAAGGGAGCAGCCGAGCAGCGGCCCAAGUAGCUGAGUUGAAAAGAAAAAAAAUACCAAAGUAGCGAGUUCAGCAGAGCAGAGACGUAACAUGGCCAACUUUUACCUCUAGACACCAAGGCCAGCAUCCUCCACCGCCAGAUAAAGACAGCAUCAACAAGCCAAUGGCCCAACAUGAGCACGAGAUCGACUCGCAAGCCCUAGCUGUUGCCCGAGAGAUCAAGAAACGCCUCUUUGUUCUCUGCGAUGGGACAUGGCAGGACGGCGUCAACAAGACGCGACCCUUGACCAACGUCGCCACGCUGGCCCGGUGUCUGACGCCAAUCGACAACGACGGCUGCCUCCAGGUGGUCUACUAUGAUAGCGGGAUCGGCAACGCGUCGGGUGCGCUGUCGAAAGUCGUUGACGGGGCCUUUGGCAGAGGGAUUUCGGCAAAAAUCCGAAAUGCGUAUAGUUUUCUGUCUCAUAACUGGAACUUUGACCGGAGGGACGAGACGGUCCUCAUCGGCUUCUCGCGCGGCGCCUUUGCCGUACAGUGCCUCGCCUCCUUCAUUAGCGACGCAGGCUUGCUCAAAAAGCAUCACCUCUACUACCUCCGGGGCCUGUUCACCCUAUGGGCGAAACAAGAAGUGCUAGGGGGACGAGAAAGGUUCCAGAAAGAGCGGCAGAGGCUGAUAAACUCAGAGGUGCUCCGUCAUCCCGUCGACAUCACGGCGCUAGCGGUUUGGGACACUGUCGGCGCGCUGGGAAGCCCCUUCCAGCUGCACCCUCGGUCACUCGCGUUUGUGGGCAAGGUGGUCCCCGCCCAAGUCCGGCACGCCUUCCAUGCGCUGGCCUUGGACGAGGAGCGCGCCAAAUUUAAGCCACUAGUAUGGGAGCCGACGGACGGCGGUGACGGGUCCGAGUCGAGCGUCAGCCAGUGUUGGUUCCUGGGAUCCCACGGAGACGUCGGCGGUAACGGAGAUGCUGCCCUGGGAGCCGUGAGCUUGCUGUGGAUGGUGGGAAAACUGAACGACGAGGUCCGUGUCUCGUUUGAUGAGAACCAGAUUGCCAAGCACCUCAAGCACAAGUACCUCGAGUGGGACUUCUCUGUGAACAAACUGCGCCGCACCUUCAAAGAGACCAGAAGACUGUCCGAUAUGCGCCAGUCGGGCUUGGCGACUCGACAGGCGUGGUACUGGUGGUUGCUCGGUCGCGGGCCACGCAGUGAGAGUCUGCUAUCGUCGGCUUCGUUGCCAUCCGAGAUCCACUUCACGAUACGGUUAGCCAUGGCCACGAACAAGAAUCAAUGCCACCCGCUGGAGUCAUGGACAACGUCGUGGACCAGACUGGAGACUGUGGGCAAAGAUAGGAUCCAGUGGCAAUCUCAAGACGGACGACAGAAGCUGAAUGAGCACCCUCUGCGACCGCCGAGGAGGGCCAAUCGCCAGAAGCCGGGUGAGAACCCUCUGCAGAAAGAGGACAAGGAGUCCUACCUGCUCGACAAAUGGAGCCGCAGGGCGUUUGGAAAUAGCGUCACGGACAGGUCAGAAUUCGUCGCUCUGGAAGCGACUGUUCAGGUUAAAAAGGCUGAAAAAGUGCUACUGGGCUUCGCUUCCUUCCUCAAGGAGCAUAUGAAGUUUACCGACGACGAAAAACUCUCAGAGGCGGUUCUAUACCACGGUGCCCAGCAGGCCGAGGCCUGGGCCGUAUGUUAAGAUUUCAUUAUGUAUAGAGGUGGAGCGAGAGGAGAGGCCCCCUAGUGUUCAGGGUGGUGCGCCCCGCUUGUUGGCGCCGCCCUUGGCCUGGUAGGGCAGGGAGAAUGCGAGCCAAUUGGGGUGAACCCAAGCCGGAGCAGGCCCGGGUCCUUAGUUUGACCAGUUGCUUAGACCUGAGCCUCGAGAGCUUUGGGUCCUCUCUUAUAAGUUGGCCGUAACUAGAUAUACAUAAUAACUACGGUACUAGCCUUAGGUAGAGCUUACUAUUACGAAUCUCAUUAGAUUCUGAGACGGGUGUGACAACACAGCGACAUCCAAGAGACAAGGCUAUAUUUAUGUAGCUGUAUUCGUAGAAUCUAAAGCUGAG